GUGGCUGUGGAGUUUGAACUGGGUGGCGGUUGACUGUAGAGCCGCUCUCUCUCACUGGCACAGCGAGGUUUUGCUCAGCCCUUGUCUCGGGACCGCAGCCUCCGCCGAGCGCCAUGGCUCCUAGGAAGGGCAGUAGUCGGGUGGCCAAGACCAACUCCUUACGGAGGCGGAAGCUCGCCUCCUUUCUGAAAGACUUCGACCGUGAAGUGGAAAUACGAAUCAAGCAAAUUGAGUCAGAUAGGCAGAACCUCCUCAAGGAGGUGGAUAACCUCUACAACAUCGAGAUCCUGCGGCUCCCCAAGGCUCUGCGCGAGAUGAACUGGCUUGACUACUUCGCCCUUGGAGGAAACAAACAGGCCCUGGAAGAGGCGGCAACAGCUGACCUGGAUAUCACUGAAAUAAACAAACUAACAGCAGAAGCUAUUCAGACACCCCUGAAAUCUGCCAAAACACGAAAGGUAAUACAAGUAGAUGAAAUGAUAGUGGAAGAGGAAGAAGAAGAAGAAAAUGAACAUAAGAAUCUUCAAACUGCAAGAGUCAAAAGGUGUCCUCCAUCCAAGAAGAGAACUCAGUCCAUACAAGGAAGAGGCAAAAGGAAAAGGUCAAGCCGUGCUAACACCGUUACCCCAGCCAUGGGCCGAUUGGAGGUGUCCAUGGUCAAACCAACUCCAGGCCUGACACCCAGGUUUGACUCAAGGGUCUUCAAGACCCCUGGCCUGCGCACUCCAGCAGCAGGAGAGCGGAUUUACAACAUCUCGGGGAAUGGCAGCCCUCUCGCCGACAGCAAAGAGAUCUUCCUCACUGUGCCAGUGGGCGGCGGAGAGAGCCUGCGAUUAUUGGCCAGUGACUUGCAGAGGCACAGCAUUGCCCAGCUGGACCCAGAGGCCUUGGGAAACAUUAAGAAGCUCUCCAACCGUCUCGCCCAAAUCUGCAGCAGCAUACGGACCCACAAAUGAGACACCAAAGUUGACAGGAUGGACUUUUAAUGGGCACUUCUGGGACCCUGAAGAGACUUCUUCCCUUCAGGCUUAUUGUUUGAGUGUGAAGUUCCAGAGCAAGGAGCCAUGUUCCUCUAGGGGAAUUCAGGAAUUCAGACGUGCUAUUCCCACACAGUUACGUAGAGCUGUCUGUUCACCCUCCCAUCCCAGCUGAUCCCAGUCACUGCUUGCUGGGGCCAUGCCAUGGAAGCUUCCCAUCAGUCUCCCAGCUGAAUCCUCCCUGCCCUCUGAGCUGCUGCCUUCUGCCUCCUGCAAAUCUACAUCCUCUUCGCCCUGCCCCGCCUGCAGUUGAGGGGGCGAAGAAGAACCCUGUGUUCUCAGGAAGACUGCCUCCACCACCGCUACCCAGAGAACCUCUGCAUCUGGCAUUUCUGCUCUCUGUGCUUGAGACUGGGAGGUUUAGGCUCAGAUAAGUGAGCUCUGGGCCAUGAGAGGGUAGGUCCAGAAGGUGCGGGGAACUGUACAGAUCAGCAGAGCAGGACAGUUGGCAGCAGUGACCUCAGUAGGGAACAUGUCCGUCUCCCCUCUCGCACUCAUCACACCUCCCCCUUCCAGCCCUCCUCUUCCUCCUCCUCCUCCUUCUCCUGUGGGAGGUGCUAAAUGGGACUCUGGGAUCUUUCCCCUGCUGUGCCCAGCAGUUCUGAAGCCUGCCUGUGGAGCAGUGUCUUAUGUUUAUCCCUGUUUACUGAAGACCAAAUACUGGUUUGGAGACAACUUCCAUGUCUUGCUCUUCUACCUCCCUAGUUAGUGGAAAUUUGGAUAAGGGAAUUGUAGGGCCCAGAUUCUGGAGGUUUUAUGUCAUUGGCCACAGAAUAACUGUCUCUAAGCUAUCCAUGGUCCAGUGGUCCCUGCCAAGUCUGUAGACUCUCUUAUGGGGCUCAUGGGGACAGGGGCAGGUGUGACUUGCUUGGUGGCCUCAUUCCAUGUGUGCCUGUGCCUGGGGCAUGGACUUUGUUAAGCAGAGUCAGCAGUGAGGUCCUCAUUCUCCAGCCAGCCUCUCUGCCUUGGAGAAUCAUGCGCUGUGUUCUAAGAAUUUGAGAACUAGAGUCCCCAUCCCCAGGCUUGAGGGCACACGGCUUUCUCACGUAGGGCUCUCUGGUAUUUGUCAUUAUUUUGCAGCAAGACCAUUUUAGUAACAUAGUCCUGUUCAAGUUGUAUUCUUUUAAGUUCUUUUAUUCUCCUUUCCCUGAGAUUUUCGUAUAUAUUGUUCUGAGUAAUGGUAUCUUUGAGCUGAUUGUUCUAAUCAGAGCUGGUACCUACUUUCAAUAAAUUCUGGUUUUGUGUUUUCUUUUGUAA